GGGAGAGCCGAGCGGGGGGAAGGAGUUCGGGAACAUUUCCCGGGGUGUGCGUGUGCUGGGGCUGAUCCCUGCCCAGGAGAGCCGUGCCAAGGGAAGUGGCAGGAACCUUUUCCUGGCGGUGUGCGUGUGUCGGGUGAAGCUGCGGGAACAUUUCCCGGCGGUGUGCGUGUGUCGGGUGAAGCUGCGGGAACAUUUCCCGGCGGUGUGCGUGUGUCGGGUGAAGCUGCGGGAACAUUUCCCGGCGGUGUGCGUGUGUCGGGUGAAGCUGCGGGAACAUUUCCCGGCGGUGUGCGUGUGUCGGGUGAAGCUGCGGGAACAUUUCCCGGCGGUGUGCGUGUGUCGGGUGAAGCUGCGGGAACAUUUCCCGGCGGCGGUGGCGGGGCUGAGGAAGCUGCGGGAACACUUCCCGGCCGUGCGUGCGCGGAGCCCGGGACCGGAAUAGCUGCGGCAGCCGGGGCUGGCCCUGCCCUGCCCUGCCGUGCCCUGCCCUGCCCGGCCGUGCCCAAUGGCUGCGGGCCCGCGGCAGUGCGGGGUCACACGUCAUGGCUGAGGCACAGAAACCCCAGACACUCGGCAUCCAGCGCGCUCUGCGAGCCGCUCUCCGCGCAUCCUGCCGCGGAAGGUGAUGGAGGGAAAAGUGCGGCUCGCCGGCGGUGCCCUGAGCUACUGAGGAAGCGAUGGAAAUAUCAAAUAUGCUCAACUUAACAAGUGAUGCCAAAGGAUGCUGAUCUGGCUUUCAAAGCUGCCUUUUUGGAAGGAACAGAAUUCCUUUGUGCUCUGAUACCGAAAUUGUUCCCGUGCUUCUGUGUUUCCUCCCUGAUAGACACGAGAGGAAGCACCUCAUCCCGUGUUGCUAAAGGAAUAGACUACAGCAAAAUGAGUCUCCACGGUGCGAGCGGUGGACACGAGAGGUCGAGGGACAGGCGCAGAUCCAGCGACAGAUCUCGUGACUCGUCCCACGAACGAGCAGAAUCUCAGCUCACUCCGUGCAUCAGGAAUGUCACUUCACCAACAAGACAGUAUCACUCUGACCGCGAGAAGGAUCACAGUUCAUCCCGGCCCAGCAGCCCCCGGCCCCAGAAGACAUCCCCCAAUGGUUCAGUUGUCAGCAUGGGCACCAGCAGCAGGAACAGCAGCCAGUCCAGCUCAGAUGGCAGCUGCAAGGCUGGUGGGGAAAUGGUGUUUGUGUAUGAAAAUGGCAAAGAGGGAGCUCGGAACGUCAGAACCUCCGAGCGAGUAACGCUCAUCGUGGACAACACCAGAUUUGUUGUGGAUCCCUCCAUCUUCACUGCACAGCCUAACACAAUGUUGGGCAGGAUGUUUGGAUCAGGCAGAGAACACAACUUUACACGACCCAAUGAGAAAGGAGAGUAUGAAGUUGCUGAAGGAAUUGGCUCCACUGUGUUUCGUGCUAUUCUGGAUUACUACAAGACUGGGGUGAUACGCUGUCCUGAUGGGAUAUCUAUUCCUGAGCUGAGAGAAGCAUGUGACUAUCUCUGUAUCUCCUUUGAGUAUAGUACUAUAAAAUGCAGAGAUCUGAGUGCUCUCAUGCACGAGUUGUCAAAUGAUGGUGCUCGCAAGCAGUUUGAGUUUUACCUGGAAGAAAUGAUUCUGCCAUUAAUGGUAGCCAGUGCUCAAAGUGGGGAGAGGGAGUGCCACAUCGUUGUGCUGACAGAUGAUGAUGUUGUUGACUGGGAUGAAGAGUAUCCCCCCCAAAUGGGAGAGGAGUAUUCACAAAUUAUUUACAGCACAAAGUUGUAUAGAUUCUUCAAAUACAUUGAAAACAGAGACGUGGCCAAAUCAGUUCUGAAGGAAAGGGGGCUCAAGAAGAUCCGGCUGGGCAUCGAAGGGUACCCCACGUACAAGGAGAAGGUGAAGAAGCGGCCGGGCGGGCGGCCCGAGGUGAUCUAUAACUACGUGCAGCGGCCGUUCAUCCGCAUGUCGUGGGAGAAGGAGGAGGGCAAGAGCCGGCACGUGGACUUCCAGUGCGUGAAGAGCAAAUCCAUCACCAACCUGGCGGCGGCGGCGGCCGACAUCCCGCAGGACCAGCUGGUGGCGCUGCACCCCACGCCGCAGGUGGACGAGCUGGACAUCCUGCCCAUGCACCCGGCCCCCGGCAGCAGCGAGCCCGAGGCCGAGGGCCAGAACCCCCCGCUGUGACGGCGCCCCGCUCCAGCAUGCUCCCUGGGAGGCUGCUCUCAGCCCCUGCCCCUGCAGUGCCACCUCCUCUCUGUGUCCCGCUCCCGAGGAUGCCGCAGGGGCCUCCGGGAGAGCGCGGCUCCGGGCUGGGCUCGCUGACGUUCGUGUCUGUGUUUGCCAGUAGGUGUGUGACGUUGGUGACUCCUGAGCUGGCCUGGCCCCGCUCCACGGCCCCGGAAGCUGAGUGGGAAUUGAUAGUAGCACUUUACAAAUGGUUGAGAAGUGGAAUUUGAAGCCAUUUUUUAUAAAUGUAUUGCACAAUACUAACAAAGUGCUUCUAUCAAAGGUAUUAACUGUACAUAGUUUUGCUCUGAAUAGAUUGACCCUUUUAAAGUUAUUGUAUAUGGUUGAGCACAAAACUAUUUACUCCUGGGUUUUUGGAUUGAGGAUGUGAUUCAAUGACCCAUGUAACAUCUUGUUCGAGUUCUUUAGUGAAUUUUUUCACUCGUUUGCAGCGUGAGCCAUGUUCAAAAAUUGUGAACAACGGACAGGGGCUUUAUCCUAAAUUUUGCCUUACCUUAAGCUGUUCACAAAUAUUUAUUUAAUACAUUUUUCAUAAGUGUCACGAAAUAGGAAAAUGCAAAUGGUUCAUUCUUCAUUUAUUAAUGAUUGUAAACAAGUUUUUCAUGCAAAUAAAGUUUCCAUUAUUUUAAUGGGCUUGAAUUA